AUGGCGGUGGCUGAGACACAGCUGUAUGCAAAGGUGUCCAACAAGCACAGGAGCAAAAGCAGCUCUGCACUGCUCGAGUCUCUCCUCACCAAAGGAUUCCCAGCUCAUAUCGCGCAAAAAGCCUUGGCUGCUACUGGACAAAAUACAAUAGAAGACGCUGCAAAAUGGCUGCACUCCCACUGCAAUGAUCCCUCUUUGGAAGACCCAAUCCCUCAAGAGUAUGCUCUUUACUUGUGUCCCACCGGCCGUUUGCAUAACCACCUGCAAGAGUUUUGGAAGGCGAGCAAGCACCAGUGCGGGAAGAACAGAGCCCAUGAGAAUUUUCCACACAUCACUCUCUGUGAUUUCUUCACGUGUGAAGAUCAGAAAGUGGAAUUAUUGUAUGACACCUUAAAGAGAAUCGGUGACAGGUUCUCACAGUGCUUUCCGCCAUCCAUUUCCCUAUCACUACACACAUCCACCAGCUACCUUGGCUUCUUCGUUGGUGACAGCCACGCAAAUAUACUCAAAGAGUUUGCUCUGGCAUUCUCAUCAGAAGCUUCAGCCCUGGCAGAUUGCCAUGUGAAGCCCUGCCUAAAGCAACUCCACCUUACCUUGGCUCACAAGUUUUAUCCUCAUCAUCAAAAGACUUUGGAAGAAUUGGCCAAAUGUAUUAACCCAGGGGAGACCUGCCAGUGGGUAGCUGCCCUCUACUCACGGGACAUGCGUUUUGUACAUUACCAGACACUGAGGGCCCUCUUCCAGUACAAGCCCCAGAACAUCGAUGAACUCAUGAUCAACACUGGGGACUUCAUCUACGUUGACCCGACGCAGCAGUCUGACGUGAGUGAAGGCUGGGUGAUAGGGACCUCCCAUCGGACCGGCUGCAGGGGUUUUCUUCCUGAAAACUACACUGAGAGGGCCAAUGAGUCAGACACGUGGGUUAAGCACAGGGAAUAUGUCUUUGUAACAGCUUCAAGAUUCUUCACCCAAACUGAAAAUGAACCUGGUGUAAAGCUGAAUGGAGAAGUCCAUAAUCGUAGUAUGUCAAGGGGCAUAACCAAUGUACUUUCUCUUCAGCUGUCUCAGAAUGUCACCCCGCGAAGAGGUGUGCUGGUGAUGCGCCAUGGGGAAAGAGUUGAUCAGGUCUUUGGCAAAUCUUGGCUUCAACAGUGCUUGACUGCAGAUGGAAGAUACUACAGAGCAGAUCUGAACUUCCCUUCCACCCUGCCGAAGCGGAAAGACAGCAUGAAGCAUUUUGAAUACGAUCCUCCUUUAUCUUGCUGUGGUAUUUUCCAGUCAAGGCUUAUAGGGGAAGCUCUGCUGGACCAGGAGGUGACAGUCAGCUACGUGUACUCGUCACCCGCACUCCGCUGCAUACAGACAGCUCAACACCUACUGCAGGGACUUAAAUUAGAUCAAAAAGUCAGAAUCAGAGUGGAACCAGGACUGUUUGAAUGGACCAAGUGGGAAGCAAGCAAAGUAAUUCCCAGCUUCAUGACUGUGACAGAACUAGUAGAGGCAUCUUACAAAAUAGAUACAAGUUACAGGGGUAACUUCCCACUCUCUUCUCUGGUACCAUCGGAAAGUUAUGAAGAAUAUAUAAGCAGAAGCUCUGUGGUUAUAAAAAAGAUCAUCAAUGCUUGCCCCAGCAAAGGUGUCAUCCUCAUUGUGGGCCAUGGCUCUUCCUUGGCAUCUUUCACCCGACCUCUGCUAGGGCUCCCUGCCAGAGACAGCAGCGACUUUGCCCAGGUGGUACGAAAGAUCCCUUCACUGGGCAUGUGUUUCUGUGAAGAGCUGAAAGAGGAGAACAAAUGGCAGAUGGUCAACCCACCAGUGAAGACGUUAACUCAUGGAGCAAAUGCAGCAUUUAACUGGAGAUACGGUAUCGUGGAAGAUUAGAAGGCUGCCUCUGCCUUUGCAGUUGUCAAAAAUGAGCCAAAGACAGGUUUUGGUUUACCACAGUCCAGUGAUUCAUCCAGAAGACUUACAGAGAUUGGGAAGUACCCUCUCUGAGUUGCCAAAGCACAGAAAAACACUUGAUGUUUGGUUUGGUGCCUGAAUUUUGUUUUUAUUUCAGUGGCUGAGAAGAAGGAACCUAGGAACUGACGUGCAAGUGAGAAGUAACUCUUCUGGUGGAGAAGAAAGUACCUUUUAAACUUGUCUGAGAGCACCAACAUUUAAUAAAUACCAAACUGCCUGAUUAUAAAUUCCACUGCUAAAGGCACUAAAGUAGACAAUGUUACAUUUUCCAAGACCAAAAUAUAUCCAGUAAGAAUUGCUUUUUUUAAUGCACUCGGAUAUUUUCAGACAAGCAGAGAAACUGGGACUGAAAAAAAUCCAUUUCCUACCCAAGGAGACCAGCUCUACUUAAAGCCACUGGGUUUCCUGUUUACUCCAUCAGUUCCGCAAGAGCAAAUACCACACUGACUAUUUAUUUACCUCUUCUACAAAGGGGUUCCAUUUACUAUCACAACAGCUCCCCAUUCAGUAAUUCCUGAGUGAUCCACAUUGAAAAAGAGACUAAAUUAUUCCUUUUUGAAGAAAACUGAACUGAUUGAUUUACUAUUGCUGGGACAAAGAAGGAUACCCU